CAUUUAAUUACAAUUAAAUGUCUCAUUUUUUCCGUUAUAAAUAGUAAAGUUAUAUUUAAAAAACAAUAACAAAUUUACCAUAAAUAAAUAAUAACAUAGUUAAUCAUGAAUAUCAUAGCAUAUAUUUUAAUUGUGUUAAAUGUGUUGGCAAUAUAUGGGUGCGUCAAUGCUGUGGACUAUUCUCAUACCAAACUCGUGGCGUGCGAUACGUUGAUAGCCGAGGAUGUGGUCCAGUGUUUAAGGGAUAAUCUGCCACAAGACCUAGAUGCUUCAAAAGUGAUCGAGUAUGGCUGCUGUAUGAUGUAUCAUAAUCAUCAGUGUACUGUCAAAUCUGCCAAGGUUAAAUGUAGUCGUGAAGAUUAUUUGUUGAAGAAGAGUCAAGAAAACGAGAAACGAGAUAAUAGUUUUGAAGAGUGCAGAGAACACCAACAAUGUAACAAUGGAUCCACUUAUUUGUUUAGCAGUCUGUACUUAAUUAUCAUGAUUGUAUUUUUACAUUUAGUUAAUUAAUGAGCAUUUAAUCAAAUGAUUUUGUAUUUUAUUAAAUUUUAUAAUAAAUGUUUACUCAAUAUAAUAAAUAUUUUAAUUAUC